UUGGCUGUGUGCAUCAUGGGAGGCCUCCCAUGGCUCCUGUUCCAGCCCUUAAAAGGCCCAGGGGCUCUGCUAUUCUUAGGCUGUUUGUUGCUCAUCCUGCACCCUUCAGACGCAGGCAAACACCGGGGAGUUUCAGGGUUCGUGACAAAGUUUUGUUCUCCUGGCGAGGACAGAGAGGUUCCACAGCCCCCCCUCCCUGCCCCAGGUGUUUGUCCCCGCCGCCGGGUGAAGAAAGAGAAAGACGAACGGAGAAAACGUGUGGAGAGAGAGCAGCAGCAGAGAGCGACAGCCUGCGUUAACAGGCCAGCGGGAGACAGCGAGCCAACCACUCACAACAGAGCAGAGGGGAAGGACGAGAGAAGGAGAUCAAGGAGGAAUAGUGCUGUGUUGGGUUCUCUAAAGCUAAAGAUGAGUACGUACACAGUGACUCUGAGCGGCCCUGCUCCGUGGGGAUUCAGACUACAAGGGGGGAAAGACUUCAACAUGCCCCUCACCAUCUCCAGGAUAACUACAGGGAGCAAGGCAGCCGGGGGCAGUCUGACUCAGGGCGACAUCAUCUCCUCCAUCGACGGCAUCAGCACCGAUGGGAUGACGCACCUGGAGGCCCAGAACAAGAUCAAGAAAGCCACCAGCAAACUGGUGCUCACCAUGCACAAAUCGAAACGUCCAAACCUUUCAACAGGAACUCCAAGAAUGGAGUCUCCCAUGUCUGUCAUCCCCCACCAGAAGGUCAUUGCAAACACGGCCGCAAAUACGGAGUACGUCCCUAGCUUCAACCCCAUCGCCCUGAAGGACUCGGCCCUGUCCACCCACAAGCCCAUCGAGGUGAGGGGCCCUGGGGGCAAGGCCACCAUUGUCCACGCCCAGUAUAACACGCCAAUCAGCAUGUACUCUCAGGACGCCAUCAUGGAUGCCAUCGCAGGACAGUCCCAGGGCAAGGGACAUGACGGAGAGGAAGCCCCAGCAGGUUCCCCCCUAGCUGGCCCCCUGCCUGUCAAAGAGUGCGUGGUGGACAGCGCGUCCCCCGUCUACCAGGCUGUGCUCAAGCCCAACGAGAGGAACCAGGACAUGUCUGAGUGGACACAUCGGGCUGCCAACCUGCAGUCCAAGAGCUUCCGGAUCCUGGCUCACAUCACCGGCACUGAAUACUUACAAGACCCAGACGAGGAGGCCUUGCAGAGGUCGAGGGAGAAGUUUGAGUCAGAGGUGAAGGGUCCUCGCUUUGCCAAGCUCAAGAACUGGCACCACGGACUGUCUGCACAGAUCCUCAACAUCCAGGAGUAAAGUGAUGUAGGAGGAGUGGAGAGGAGAGGAGAGGAGAGGAGAGGAGAGGAGAGGAGAGGAGAGGAGAGGAGA